ACUAAUCGUUCACAACAUGAUAAUAUCUUAUCAGAUAUUUAUGACGGUCAGAAGACUGACAAUCAUCUUGGAUUAAUCAUUAAUUUAGACUGGUUCCAGCCUUAUAACAGAGCAACUUAUAGUACAGGAGUUCUAUAUGCCGCAUUAUAUAAUUUACCUUGUAACAUUCGAUUUCAGCCUGAAAAUAUAAUUAUACUUAGCAUAUUAUCAGGACCUAAUGAGGUUAGUCUGCAUAAGAUAAACCACUAUCUUUCACCUAUAAUUACAGAAUUCGAGUCACUUUAG